AUGGGCUCCUCGGGCGGCAGCGGUGGCGGUGGUGGCGGCGUUCCGCCGGGUUUUAGGUUUCAUCCUACCGAUGAAGAGCUCCUUCAUUACUACUUGAAGAAGAAGGUGUCGUUUCAAAAGUUCGACAUGGAAGUCAUUCGAGAGAUCGACUUGAACAAGAUCGAACCGUGGGACUUACAAGAGAAAUGCAGGAUAGGAUCGACGCCACAAAACGAGUGGUACUUUUUCAGCCAUAAGGAUAGGAAGUACCCAACAGGAUCAAGAACCAAUAGAGCCACUAACGCCGGUUUCUGGAAGGCCACGGGCCGAGACAAGUGCAUUCGCAACUCUUACAAGAAGAUCGGGAUGCGCAAAACCCUCGUGUUCUACCGUGGUCGAGCUCCUCACGGCCAGAAGACUGAUUGGAUCAUGCACGAAUAUCGUCUCGAAGANGAAUAUCGUCUUGAAGACACCGAUGAUCCUCACUUCAAUAACUCUGAGGACGGGUGGGUGGUUUGUCGGGUUUUCAAGAAGAAGAAUCUAUUCAAAGUGACAAACGAAGACGGAGGAGGAGGGUCUAGCGCUAACUCCGACCCGCAACUAAACAACGCCCAAUCAUCCGCCUCAAUCACCACACCACGCACCUUCAUGCAUAGAGAAUCCCAAUACCAACUCCGCCAACCACACCAAAAUUACGCGUCCCUGCCCACAUUCGAGCUCAACAAAUCGGACCUAGCCCUUCACUACAUGCCAUCCACAGCCCCACCUUCCCAUUUCCCCCAUCACCUCUUUCACCCCAACAUUUCUACCAUGAACAGCAACCAUAAGUCCCUCGGCGACGCCUCCGAGGCCUACGACUACCCGGCCCUAUCAUCGCUGCCACCGGACACUCCGCUCAUGGUGAAGCAGCUGAUGUCUAAUCCCGAAACUAGCCAACCGGCCGAUAGUAUGACCGAGCCUUGGGCCAUGUUGGAUCGGCUCGUUACGUCUCAUCUUGGGAAUGAGGAUUCGUCUAAGGAUGUGAGGUAUGAGGACGAACACGGGUUGUCGUCGAUUAGCCAAAUCAAUCAGCUUUCGAUGAGGGGAGAGAUGGACUUUUGGAGGUACGCUAAAUAA